AUGUCUUUCAUAGAUCAGAUGCUUGAUUGGUUGGUGGAAAGAGGUUGGUAUAGUUUCUUGGAUGGUUAUUCUGGUUACAAUCAGAUUUCUAUAGCCCUAGAGGAUCAGGAGAAAAUAACAUUCACCUGGCCAUAUGGUACUUUUGCAUUUAAGCGAAUGCCGUUUGGAUUGGGUAAUGCACCCGCUACCUUUCAAUGGUUGGAAAGCGAACAAGCAGUUAGAGAUGAAUUUGAGAUCAAUGAUGCAUUUCCAAAUGAGGAAAUCUUGGCUGCACUAAAGUGGCUUAAUCAAAAAUGGAAUGAGGCAGUGGAUAUGAGACUGGGGCAGCUGAAGGAGAUGGAUGAGUUCCGUCUUGAAGCUUAUGAAAGGGCUGACUUUUACAGAGAAACAAUGAAGAAGUACUAUGACCGUAGAAUUGAAAAGCGGGAUUUUUAUAAAGGUGAAUUGGUGCUCCUCUUCAACUCCCGACUCAAGUUUUUUCCAGGUAUGACAGUGCAGGAAAAUAGAAGAAAGAGUUUAGGAAGACCAACGGAUUACCCGAUGGACCAUCGCAAACUCGACGGGACAUCGUGGGAACCAUCGCAAAAAAUUCCAAAAACCAAGAUACUAGAAAAGUAG